AUGAGUGACAACAUGUCUUAUCGAGACCCCAACUCAACUCCGUCACCUGACGCAGAGACGAACACCUCCUCCACCUCUUCCUCCUCAUCCUCAUGCUGCUUUCCUUCAGGGGGAGUGUGCAAACCCAUGGGUGUCCUCUCCUCCCCCUCCUCCCAAUACCUGAUCCAGUCCUUUUUGGGGGAGGGCACCUUUGGGAAAGUAGUAAAGUGCUUAAAGAUGGCCACCAACAGGACGGUGGCUGUGAAGAUCGCGAAGGGAAAGGACCUAACACCAGAGGCAAAGAAUGAGAUAGAGAUAAUGGAAGAGCUCAGAGCGUUUGACUCCGACAGGUUUAACUUUGUGACGUUCAACGAUGUGUUUGUGUACGGCGAACACGUCUGUCUGGAGUUGGAGAUCCUGGACAUGAGUCUGUUUGAGUUCCUCUAUCAGAAGCCUCACCGCUCGCUGGAGCUGGACGAAAUCCGCCCCAUCCUGUACCAGGUUUCCGUAACGCUGCAGCUGCUCCAGAGUCUGGGAGUCGUGCACACGGACCUGAAGCCGGAGAACAUCAUGCUGCUGGACCACGGGAAGCAGCCGUGGAGAAUCAAGGUCAUCGACUUCGGCGUGGCGUGUCACGUCGCUAAGUCUGAGCUGGGCGACUACAUGCAGACACGACAUUACAGGUCUCCGGAGAUUAUCCUAGGAUUCCCCAUAACGUCAGCCAUCGACAUGUGGUCUCUGGGCUGCAUCGCCGCAGAGCUGUUCACGGGCGCUGUGCUGUACCCUGGAGACACCGAGCACGAAAUGCUGCGACAUAUAGUGCAGACUCAGGGUCAUCCUCCGGCUCGUCUCAUGUACAGAGGCGUCAAAACGCGUUGGUUUUUCCAUUAUAGAAAGAAGGACAGGAGACGUCGUUGGAGAUUGAAGAACGUUCAGCAGUCUGGAGAAACCAACACAAGCGCCGGACAAUUCAACUCGCUGAAUGAUAUAAUAAUGUUAAAACCCCCCCGCCACCUGUUGGACGAAGACACCGCGGCAGAAACUGAAGACCGGCAGGAGUUCCUGGAUCUGCUGAAGAAGACGCUUCACCUGGACAUCGAUCGGAGGAUUUCCCCCAGCGAGCUUCUUCAGCAUCCCUUCAUCACCUUGAACCACCUCGCUCAAAACCACCAGAACAGCUUCUACGUAAAAUCCAGCUGUGAAAAGAUGGAGGUCUGCCUGGAUCAGAGUGAGGGCUUUGACGGGGGUCAGAUGAACCUGUCGCCCUCCAUCAGCGGAGCAGAGGGCCCCCCCGCCUGGUUCAGGACCCAAGAACACCCCCUCAUCCUGGGCAUCUCGUCCCAGGUAUCGGACAGCCUCUCCAUAAACGAUGAAGAGAGUCAACAACAACAACAACAACAACCCCCUCCUCAAUCGCCUGUUGCUGUAAAGCCUGUGUCGCCGCCACUGCAGGUUAGCACUGCGGCUCCACCCUGCCAACAAGAGAGAACCGGGAGGAAGGCGCUGAGGAAAUCAUCGAGGAGAAAACCCCGCGGUGACGACAGCAACCCGGAGAGAGACAGACCAUCGAGCGAGAGCAGGAACACAGAAAUCAUCCAGACACCAAAAAAGCCUACGAUCCGUGUGGCCGAAAUAAAACCGGGGAGAAAGCGGACGUGGGACACUUUUGUAGCCUCUGGAUUAAGAAAGCGAGUCAAGGGCUCACCGGAGAGCAAGAAAAUCAAAAGGGAUGAUUCUGAGGCCGAAAGAAAACGCGGGAGAAAGCGGACGUGGGAUACUUUCUUAGCGUCCCACAUCGAGUCAAAAAAGCGAGUCAAGGAUUCACCGGAGAGAAAGAAAAGGGAUGAUUCUGAGGCCGAAAGAAAACGCGGGAGAAAGCGGACGUGGGACACUUUUGUAGCCUCUGGAUUAAGAAAGCGAGUCAAGGGCUCACCGGAGAGCAAGAAAAUCAAAAGGGAUGAUUCUGAGGCCGAAAGAAAACGCGGGAGAAAGCGGACGUGGGACACUUUCUUAGCGUCCCACAUCGAGUCAAAAAAGCGAGUCAAGGAUUCACCGGAGAGAAAGAAAAGGAAAAGGGAUGAUUCUGAGGCCGAAAGAAAACGCGGGAGAAAGCGGACGUGGGAUACUUUCUUAGCGUCCCACAUCGAGUCAAAAAAGCAAAUCAAUUCCUCACCGGAGAGGAAGAAAAGGAAGCUUGAUGAUUCUGAAGAAGCGGAAAGAAAACCCGGGAGAAAGCGGAUGUGGGACACUUUCUUAGCGUCCCACAUCGAGUCAAAAAAGCGAGUCAAGGAUUCACCGGAGAGAAAGAAAAGGAAAAGGGAUGAUUCUGAGGCCGAAAGAAAACGCGGGAGAAAGCGGACAUGGGAUACUUUCUUAGCGUCCCACAUCGAGUCAAAAAAGCAAAUCAAUUCCUCACCGGAGAGGAAGAAAAGGAAGCUUGAUGAUUCUGAAGAAGCGGAAAGAAAACGCGGGAGAAAGCGGACGUGGGACACUUUCUUAGCGUCCCACAUCGAGUCAAAAAAGCGAGUCAAGGAUUCACCGGAGAGAAAGAAAAGGAAAAGGGAUGAUUCUGAGGCCGAAAUAAAACGCGGGAGAAAGCGGACGUGGGACACUUUUGUAGCCUCUGGAUUAAGAAAGCGAGUCAAGGGCUCACCGGAGAGCAAGAAAAUCAAAAGGGAUGAUUCUGAGGCCGAAAGAAAACGCGGGAGAAAGCGGACGUGGGACACUUUCUUAGCGUCCCACAUCGAGUCAAAAAAGCGAGUCAAGGAUUCACCGGAGAGAAAGAAAAGGAAAAGGGAUGAUUCUGAGGCCGAAAGAAAACGUGGGAGAAAGCGGACGUGGGAUACUUUCUUAGCGUCCCACAUCGAGUCAAAAAAGCAAAUCAAUUCCUCACCGGAGAGGAAGAAAAGGAAGCUUGAUGAUUCUGAAGAAGCGGAAAGAAAACCCGGGAGAAAGCGGACGUGGGACACUUUCUUAGCGUCCCACAUCGAGUCAAAAAAUGAACGCAGCGGCUCUCCGGAGAGGAAGAAGAGGAAGACGAGCCUGGAAGAGGAGGAGACAAACACACAAGGCUCGUCUGUGAGCACCAGGAAGAGAAAGCGACGCCCUGGGGAUCCUCCAGAGGGGGAGGAGGAGCCCAGGUGUGUCAAGAGAGGGAGAUAUUAAAGGGGGAGAGCGCCAAGUCCGAUGGGGUU